CAGAUGCAGUCGCUACGGGUCACUAUGCAAGAACGUCCCUGGAAGAUGAAGAGGUCUUUCAGCAGAAGCACGUUAGGAGGCCAGAAGGGCUUUUCAGAAAUCGAUUUGAAAUUAGAAAUGGUUUCCCAGGAUGCCCUGAGGAGAACCCUCUUCCCCCUGGGGGGAUUAACGAAAGAUUUUGUAAAGAAAAUAGCUGCUGAGAAUAGACUUCAUCAUGUGCUUCAGAAAAAAGAGAGCAUGGGCGUCUGUUUCAUUGGUAAAAGAAAUUUUGAAAAUUUCCUCCUUCAGUAUUUACAGCCUCGACCUGGUAAAUUUAUUUCUAUAGAAGACAAUAAAGUUCUGGGAAUGCAUAAAGGUUGGUUCCUGUAUACUUUGGGCCAGAGAGCCAAAAUAGGUGGCUUACGGGAGCCCUGGUACGUGGUGGAGAAGGACAGCAGCAGGGGUGACGUGCUCGUGGCCCCCCGGACAGACCACCCGGCCCUGUACAGGGACCUGCUGCGGACCGGCCGCGUGCACUGGGUGGCUGAGGAGCCGCCCGCAGCCCUGGUCCGCGACAAGAUGAUGGAGUGCCACUUCCGGUUCCGCCACCAGAUGGCGCUAGUGCCCUGCGUGCUGACCCUCAAUCAAGACGGCACUGUGUGGGUGACGGCCGUGAAGGCUGUGCGGGCUCUCGCCCUGGGACAGUUCGCUGUGUUCUACAAAGGGGGCGAGUGCCUGGGCAGUGGAAAGAUCCUGCGCCUGGGGCCGUCCGCCUACACACUCCUGAAGGGCAGGAGCAGACCCAGUGUGGCCGUGGAGGGCUCCAGCAACGGCCCGGGUGACAGCCCGGGCCGGGGGCCCACGCUCUGACAGAGGCCGAGCGGCUGCUGCGGAGCUCACGGGAGGAGACGUGGAGGAGCGGAGCCGGGGGCAGGGCCGCCGGGGGCUCGGCCACUGCUGCCCGCACCUGCCGCCCCAGUCCUGGCCCGGCCGGCCAAGCUUCCGGGCCGCUUCAGAGCCGUGGGGAGCCCGUUCUUCUCUGCUCGCUGGCCGGCGGGUCUGUCCCAAGUGCCCCAUGGGUGGGGCUCCUCUUUCGCACCCCCUAGAGGGCUUCCCCUCCGGGGGCACGCGGAGGGGACCUGUUGGGGGGGAUGGAUGGGCUGCAGGGGCAGUACCCAAUAAAAACUCUGU